GCUACAUGUCUGGUUGCUAGUCGACGCAAGUUCAGUGUUAACGCGUGUGCUUACGGGUGUUAAGUUAAUAUCGUUUUUGUGUAAUUAUUAUUAUAUUUUGUGACUAGUCGCCUAAAAAACAUCCAAAAUGGACGCCAUUAAGAAGAAAAUGCAGGCGAUGAAGCUGGAAAAGGACAAUGCUAUGGACAGGGCCUUAUUAUGCGAACAACAAGCUCGAGAUGCCAAUUUAAGAGCUGAAAAGGCUGAAGAAGAGGCAAGAGCCUUACAAAAAAAGAUUCAAACAAUUGAAAAUGAACUCGACCAAACUCAGGAACAACUUAUGCAAGUUAGCGCCAAACUUGAAGAAAAGGACAAGGCUUUACAAAAUGCUGAAAGUGAAGUUGCUGCACUUAACAGGCGUAUCCAAUUGUUGGAAGAGGACCUUGAAAGGUCUGAAGAGCGCUUGGCCACGGCCACUGCUAAGUUGGCCGAGGCAUCUCAAGCUGCUGAUGAAUCUGAACGGAUCCGAAAAGCAUUGGAGAACCGAACAAAUAUGGAGGAUGAUAGAGUAGCCAUUCUCGAAACUCAAUUGGCUCAAGCCAAACUUAUUGCCGAGGAGGCUGACAAAAAAUAUGAGGAGGUCGGCCGUAAAUUAGUCAUGAUGGAACAAGAUUUAGAGAGAGCAGAAGAAAGAGCUGAACACAGCGAUGCAAAAAUCGUGGAAUUGGAAGAAGAAUUACGUGUUGUUGGUAAUAAUUUGAAAUCCCUCGAGGUUUCAGAAGAAAAGGCAAACCAACGUGAAGAAGAAUAUAAGAACCAAAUUAAGACUUUGACCAACCGUUUGAAGGAGGCUGAGGCUCGCGCUGAGUUCGCCGAGAGAUCGGUGCAGAAAUUGCAGAAGGAAGUCGACAGGCUCGAAGAUGAGUUGGUCGCCGAAAAGGAGAGAUUCAGAGACAUUGGCGACAGCUUGGACCUUGCGUUUGUCGACUUGUAUGGCAUCUAAACACAAAAAACACACACUCACACAUAUACACACAUUCAGACUUCCUCUUUUCCCGACACACACGAUUUUACUCAAUUUUAUCUAUUUCCAUCGUCUCUGUCUCUGACCCUACUCCAGCUACCACACACUACAUUCCCUUUAUAAACAAAACACAAAACGAAACAAUAAAAUAUAAUUUUAAUAAUACAGUGCUACUAACACCGUGUCCACGCGUUAUAUUUUUCGACACAAAACUUGUAACUUUUAGUUUAUUUUAGUGAAUUACCUAUACCUAAAUUUUAUUUUUAUUUUUAUUAUUUAUUUAUUUAAUUUUUGUUUUGCAAUGUAUUGUAUUUCAUAGCUUACUGAUUUUACAAUAUUAUUUCGGCUUUGUUUUUACGCUUGUAGAAAAAUUGUAUGAAACGCCGUAGGUGUGACCUUUGACUACCCCGAAGUCAAUGAUUAAAAAUAAAAUUGUAACGAUUAUUUUCUAUAAUAACUUUUUUCUCCGCCUGAGUGAAAUUGUAAUAAUGUCUAUUGAUACUUUGUACCGGCUGUGGCGUCACGCGUCCCUAAAUGUUUUUUUGUUCUUCGGAAAACACGUCUGUUAAAUAUAAUUAAUUUUUAUCCAAACGUUAUUAUUAUUUAUAUAUACGCUUAGUUUUUAUUUAUAUAACAUUAAAAAAAAACCAUAACCUAACUUUUGUCUAACUGUAUAUGUCUAUUUAAAAAGAAAAAUGUAUUUUUGUGAUUUAUA